GCAACCCCAGUUACCAGCACUGGAUGCAAGGCUGGGGCUGGCAACAACUGCUUCUUCGGAGAGGCGCCGACAGAGCAUGUGCACGGGAUUCGCCCCGGUGGCACGGCAGCUACCAGGAAAAUUAUUUUGAAAAGACCCGAAUUCAUAAAGUUAAAGCAGAAGUGAGAACCAAAACGCAGUCAGCAAUCUUUCCAACUGAGAAUGGGCAUUUUGAAGUCUAACAUUUUAAAGCGAUGAUGAUCACAGCCGGACCUAAAAAAGACUAAAAACUCCACAGCUAGCCCUGGAGCUUGUGACUGGACUCCACAGCAAGCAUGCCGCGUUAGCCUCCUAACUUUCAGACGAAGAGACAGUAACUGGGAUUUCCUGCGCCGGGAGGUGCAGUGAGCACAGGGGAUCUGAAUCCACCUGCUGCACCAUGAACUCCACCCACCACCGUGGGACGCACACUUCUCUCCACUUCUGGAAUCGCAGCAGCUAUGGACUGCACAGCAAUGCCAGCGAGUCCCUGGGGAAGGACUACUCUGAUGGAGGGUGCUAUGAGCAACUUUUUGUGUCACCGGAGGUGUUCGUGACUCUGGGUGUCAUAAGCUUGCUGGAGAAUAUUCUAGUGAUUGUAGCCAUAGCCAAGAACAAGAACCUGCACUCACCCAUGUACUUCUUCAUCUGCAGCCUGGCAGUGGCAGAUAUGCUGGUGAGCAUUUCCAAUGGGUCGGAAACCAUUGUCAUCACCCUAUUAAACAGCACGGAUACGGACGCACAGAGUUUCACGGUGAACAUUGAUAAUGUCAUUGACUCGGUGAUCUGUAGCUCCUUGCUUGCCUCCAUUUGCAGCCUGCUCUCCAUUGCAGUGGACAGGUAUUUUACUAUCUUUUAUGCCCUCCAGUACCAUAACAUUAUGACAGUGAAACGGGUCGGGAUCAUCAUCAGUUGUAUCUGGGCAGCUUGCACGGUUUCAGGCAUUCUCUUCAUCAUUUAUUCCGACAGCAGCGCUGUCAUCAUCUGCCUCAUCACCAUGUUCUUCACCAUGCUGGCUCUCAUGGCCUCCCUCUAUGUGCACAUGUUCCUGAUGGCCAGACUUCACAUUAAGAGGAUCGCGGUCCUCCCGGGCACGGGCGCCAUCCGCCAAGGGGCCAACAUGAAGGGGGCAAUCACCUUGACCAUCCUGAUUGGGGUCUUUGUUGUCUGCUGGGCCCCUUUCUUCCUCCACUUAAUAUUCUACAUCUCCUGUCCCCAGAACCCAUACUGUGUGUGCUUCAUGUCUCACUUUAACUUGUAUCUCAUACUGAUCAUGUGCAAUUCAAUCAUCGAUCCUCUCAUUUAUGCACUCCGGAGUCAAGAACUGAGGAAGACCUUCAAAGAGAUCAUCUGCUUCUACCCUCUGGGAGGGCUCUGUGAUUUCUCUAGCAGGUAUUAGAAGGGGACAGAGGCCACACUAAUUACAUGCAUAAGAGACUCCCUCAUUCCCAUACAACUGAACAGUGUGUUUCGGCAACAGCUCUCUCCUCUAUGUAGUGCAUUGGCUGAGAAUCUCUAUUGUACACAUGGAGGUUUGUGAUUUUUGAUAUGAAAAAUGUCUAAUCUCAGUAUUAUUUUUAAUGUCAUGCUUCUUUUUGCUUGUAAAAUGUUAACCUAUA